AUGAGCAUCACCCAGCUCCUCCACUCCCCGCUUACAGUCCCCCAAACCCAGCAGGCGGCCGCCCUCAACGACCUGCUCUGCUAUACCGCCAUCAAUGAUGGUCACAUCAGCUGGGAUGAGCUGCCGAACGCGACCAGUACUGUAUCAUACGAGGCGCUGUACGAGGUGAUUUUGGAUGGCGCUGGAAGGAAAUCGAGCCUUUGCGCUAGGGUAGAGUAUGCUGAGCGGUACUUCCAGCAACAUGACUUUACGAAGACGACAACAGCUGGUAUCCCAAACCCGCUCUUCCACAGUCUGGUAGCAAGCUGGAAGGCUCACGCAGUGGGCGAGCACUGCAGUACAUCCAUCUUCGACAUAGACAGCGCGUCUUCGAGCACCUCAACGACUGAGGCCAUCCGAGUCACCGCGCAGAGGGACACCGUCACCCACAACCCGGGCAGGCCACUGCGCGGUCUGAAUGUCAUCACAGUAGUGCUUCAAGAGACCCCGCAAGUCUCCAUCGAUGACUUCGUCAGGGCAGGCAUUGAUCCGGCGGUUCUCGCCAAGGUCGAGCUUUUCGGGGACUGGAUAAUGAUGUUGGGUCCGGCUAUGUUGAUGAGAAAAGCAUGUCGGGCUUGCUGGAAUGUCAGAAUGGAGCAUCUGGGCGGACCAGCAGUGUCGUCACCGGCGUUGCUGUGCGAGGACGUGGAGGAGGGUGACGAGCUGUUUGCUCUUUCCGGGACGAAUCUGUGCCAUGCGCAAACCCCCAUCAUGCUCGACUUUCUCUUCCGGCUCGAUGGAGCUUUCGCAGGCGAGACAAUCGCUGCAGCUACCGUUCAAACCCCCGCGAUCGCUAGGUACCUCUCGGAAUCGGCUUCCGAUUCGUCCGCUUCAUCCCCUCCAUCAAACCCGUCAUCGCCUCUGUCGUCCGCCCCUUCGCUUUCUCCCCCUUCGCCGAUAAUCCGCAAACAUCCCCUCUCCGUCCUUCCAUAUCCUCCUCGAAAGCGCAAACUCCACUCGGCCAUACAUCGGCAAGUCAUGCUGGCUCGGGUGGAUCUCCGUGCUCGUCAGCUCCUUCGGCAACUCGGCCGAGAGCUAGGCAGCGUCAGUCGGCGGGCCCACGAUCUCGGUCUGGAGCUGGAGAGGUGCAGGAUGGAAGUCAGUGUCGCCAAGUCGUCGCUGGCUGAGACGGUCACGGCUCUCGCUGAGGAGAGGCAGCUGGGGAAGGAGAAGGACGGGCUCCUUGCGAGAUUGAAGGAGGAGGAAAAGACGGUGCGGCGGUCUCUAGGGAAUGCGGAAGAGGCGCUGAUAGGGGCGGUACGAGAACGGGACGAGCACCGACAGCUGGCCUCAUGGGAGGCAGCUCGGGCGGCAGCUCUCGCCGAACGCAUCAGCAGCCUGGAGUCAAAGCUGCGGAUUAACAGCGACUUGGCUAUCUCGGACGCGACUGGAGUGAGGGAGGAGAAGGAGAAGGCCGUUCCCCUGGCGGCCCAGAUUUCUUCGGUGGACACGAUAGAGCGCACGCGCCAGGCUCAGUUGGCGGAAGAAAUACGACUAGCCAGUCGGGCAGAGGUCCUGGAGCACGCGAGGAGACUGAUGGAGACGGAGGUGGAUGGAAAGCUGGGCGCUUUACGGGCGGCUCGACAAAAAGAACUCGAGGCCAACAAGCAGCAGGUUGACGCGGCGGCUGAGAGAGAGGCCAGCCUGGCCGGACAAAUUACGGCCCUUCAGCACGUCCUGGCGACCGAACGCGCGCAGUCGGCGGCGAAGAUCAAGCAACUCAGCGGGUCAUGCGAGACGGCACAGGAGGUCGCGAAACGGUCUCAAGCUACCGAGCUCGCGCUGAACCAGCAAAUCUUGGCGCUUAUGACCGGUGUCACAAAUCGGCAAUCCGCCUACCAAUCGUACCUUCACAAUCGCGACCAAGAAGUCCGCAGGACCAUCCAGGGUCUGCAGGCGACCAUCAAGAAGCUCGGGGACGAGGUGGCAGAGAAGCAGGUUGGCGAGGUGCGGGUGCAAGGGGAGCUGGAGAGGGCGUACAAGGGGAUUGCAGAGCUCAAGGCCGAGUUGGACGAUGUUUGGAAGAACUAUCGGAAUGUCCAGUCUGAGCUAGUGCAGGUCAGGCGGUCGGUGGCGGCGGGUACUGGUGGAGGCUUGUCCAGGGGCGAAGGAGGAGGACAACUUCAGAUCCGGAUGCUCAAUGGCAAACACAUGUCGACACAACUGCCCUCGGGAUCGAUCGCCUUCAUCAACCAGUUCACCCUUCCCAACCGCCCUGCCCCCCAAUUCUUGGCCUCUUCCGCCUUUGCUCAGCCACCUGCGACUUUCACCGGUCAUUCGUCUACCGAACAAUCAAACGCCAUCGAUGUAUCGAUGUGGGCGCAGCAGUGGCCCUCCGGGACAUUAUGA